UGUCAGAAGCGUGUGACGUACGAUUAGGAAGACACAUUUGUGCACGAAGUUCACGCGCAGCGCCACGGGACAGGAGGAUGCGGGGUCGCCUACUGUGAGGAACAUUAGAUAUGCUAAUAGUUGUUAUUUUAUCCGGGCUAGCCUGCAAAUGAACGCAACUCAGUCAGUCAGUAGGCUUGCAAGGGUUCACGUACGCCACCACGCAUAUAACGGGCUUCUGCCGCGGAUUAACGGAUUGCUAUCACCGGCCAUUGCCCGCGGCGCUUUAACAGGCGGUAUACUCACACAAACCCGCACCGCGUGUUGACUUUUGUACCUGUCGACGUUUGGCCGACGGUAAUAGGACUAAAGCAGAGGGGUGGAGCCGCAAGCCAUGAGUAAAUGACGUCAACUCCCAGGUCGCCAAAGAGUGAAACAAACAUGGCGACAGAGUGGAGCGGGCAGCAAGGGUAUGUUCUGACUUUGAUGAUCUUUCUAUGGAGUGCGGUCGGAGGGAGGACCGAGACGGGGCCAGCCGCGGGCGGCGGUGCCGGCGGCAGCGGCACGCACGUGCUUGGUAUGCGGCUGGAGAAAAGCGACAAACCGAGCGGCACCACGGACGGCGGGGUCAUCCAGGUAACGGAGGAGAGUACCGUCCAGCUCCGGUUCUACGGAGUGCACUUACACUCGGACACCUGGACGCAAAUCCGCUUCACGGAGCUCGCGAAUGAGGACGACGAGGAGGAGGGGGGCGGCUCCCCUCAUGACAUGUCGCUCGGGAUGGACCCCGCGAACAGGACUUGCGCCGACUUUACCAAGGAUAUCAGCGUGGCCACGUUCAUGAACGUCAGUGGUCGCGGGACCACCGGCGUGCUCAGCAUCAACGUGAAGCCGCUCCGCAAGAGCGAGCCGCGGAAGGAGUACGCGCUGUGCGUGCGCAGCGUGGACGGCAGCCGCUGGGUGCUGUUCGGGGACAGCGACGGCCGCUUCCUGGUGGUGGAGGCGAAGAAGUCCCUGCUGCCCUUGUGGUUCCAGUGCAUCCUGCUGUGCUGCCUUUUGGUGCUGUCGGGCAUGUUCAGCGGGCUGAACCUGGGCCUCAUGGCCCUUGACCCCAUGGAGCUGCGCAUCGUGCAGAGCUGCGGCACCGAGAAGGAGAAGAAGUACGCCCGCAAGAUCGAGCCCAUCCGCAGGAAGGGCAACUACCUGCUGUGCUCCCUGCUGCUGGGCAACGUGCUGGUCAACACCACCCUGACCAUCCUGCUGGACGACCUCAUCGGCUCGGGCCUGGGCGCCGUGGUGGCGUCCACGGUGGGCAUCGUCAUCUUCGGCGAGAUCGUUCCGCAGGCGCUGUGCUCGCGCCACGGGCUGGCGGUGGGCGCCAACACCAUCAUGGUGACCAAGUUCUUCAUGCUGGUCACCUUCCCGGUGAGCUUCCCCGUCAGCAAGCUGCUAGACGUGCUGCUGGGCCAGGAGAUCGGCACGGUGUACAACCGGGAGAAGCUGGUGGGCAUGCUGAAGGUGACGGAGCCGUACAACGACCUGGUGCGCGAGGAGAUGAACAUGAUCCAGGGGGCGCUGGAGCUGCGCAACAAGACGGUGGAGGACGUGAUGACGCCCAUCGGGGACUGCUUCAUGAUGGUGUCGGACGCCGUGCUGGACUUUGACACCAUGUCGGAGGUGAUGGAGAGCGGCUACACGCGCAUCCCCGUGUUCGACGGCGAGCGCUCCAACAUCGUGGACAUCCUGUACGUCAAGGACCUGGCCUUCGUGGACCCCGACGACUGCACCACGCUGAAGACCAUCACCAAGUUCUACAACCACCCGGUGCACUUUGUGUUCCACGACACCAAGCUGGACGCCAUGCUGGAGGAGUUCAAGAAAGGUAAGUCCCACCUGGCCAUCGUCCAGAAGGUGAACAACGAGGGGGAGGGAGAUCCCUUCUACGAGGUGCUGGGAUUGGUCACCUUGGAGGACGUCAUCGAGGAGAUCAUCAAAUCAGAGAUCCUGGAUGAAUCCGAUCUUUACACCGACAACAAGAACCGGAAGAAGGUGGAUCCCAACAAGAACAAGAGGGACUUCUCGGCGUUCAAGAACGACGGGGACAGCCAGGUGAAGAUCUCCCCCCAGCUGAUGCUGGCGGCUCACCGGUUCCUGGCCACAGAGGUCAGUCUGUUCAGCCCCUUCCUGGUGACGGAGAAGGUGCUGCUGAGGAUCCUGCGUCACCCCGACGUCAUCCAGGAGGUCAAGUUCAACGACGGCGACAAGCGCUCGCCGCACCACUUUGUGUACCAGCGGGGCCGGCCCGUAGACUACUUCAUCCUCAUCCUGCAGGUACGCCCAGGGCGCACUUCAAAGUGAAGGCGCAGAACAUGAGUUGUGUAUUUUGUUUUGACGUUGACUUUUGUGGGGAUUAGAAAAAUCGUAUAAAUAUGACGCACGCCCGGGCGCGCACAGCCACACAAAUUGUUCUACCCCACUUCCUUUGCAAUUAUCCACAUGACUCUUAGUACAUCUUGACCGUCAUGCCUGCUUAGUAAUAAUAGGCUUUGGUGUGAAUGACUUUCACACAAUCACACCCCCCUUAGCGUCUGCCCUGGCGGACAGACAGAAACUUAAUGGGGACUGGAUUUCAGGCAACGGUCCACAA